GAAUGACGAAACUCGUGAGAGUGGAAGUCACCAGGCUGCAGGGGCAGUUAGGAGGAGUCUGUUUUCAGUUCACACUAGCACCGUUAGUCAAGCAAGCGUAGUCAACAUUUGGUCUGCGUCUCCGUGGGUGGGUGUGCACCGAUUUGUAUCGUCUGUUUACAAACUUCAGCAUUCAGACCUUUGCCACAGCUUAUCUGACUCCAUCAAGAGCUGUGGAGCAGGGUUUUGUUUGGUGAUGAAUGUGUCCCAGACAAUGGAGACAGAGGAAGAUCAUACUUGUCUCCAUAUCAAGCUUUAUCACCCUCUGCAGAGUUGUAGGGGCCUUUACGGGCUGCUUCCUCUGGGGACCAGGAGCAAACACUCGGCAGAUGACUCUCUCAGGCUGGGGCGAGACGCCCAGACCUGCACCCUCGCCCUGGUUGACAACAGGGUCUCCCGCAAACAGCUGGCUCUCCACGCCUACCGGUCACCCCAGAAGCCUGACAUGCUGUUCACCAUCCAGAACUUGAGCCAGAGGGGUCAGCUGUCGGUGAACAGCUCCGCACUGGGCUACCUGGAAAGGGCGGACCUCCCGGACAAGGCCCUGAUCCGGUUCGGAGAGUAUGAGAUGCUGAUCAUCCGCGAGCCGGGCGAGGCCAAGGGGCACUUCGAGGUGGAGCUUGAGAUCCUGGCUGUCCCUCCGUCCAGAGAGACAUGCAUGGGUGUGCCCAGUAUGACACCAGUCAUGGACACAGGCUCAUGUGCGAUGAGCAGUUUCCCAGGUGACCUGAGAGCGCAAGGGCCCCUGGAGACCGAUGAGACUCUGUGGUGUAAUUCAUGAUGAACCAAUACUGUUCUGCAAGACUCUUUCCUCUCUUUUUUUGCAUCUGAAGGCAAUAAGAAGUGUAGUAUAGCUGUUACAUUAGAGCUCAGACAUGUUUAGUUUCCACUAUGUAAUGUGAAAUCAUUGUAUUAAUUUGCACCCUAUGUUUAUGACUCCAUUACUACAGAUAAAAAAAAACAAAACAAAGCUGUGAUCUUAAUAUAGUAACUCGUACUAUGAUGUGAAUGCUAUUUAAAGCCAUUUUUUUCUACAUUUACAACCUGAGCACAUUAAACUGUCUUUUGUUAACACCUUUU